UUAGGGUACAUGAUGCAGGUGAGAUUGCCAUUUGCUCAGACUUGCAGGUUUAUUAUGAGGUCACACCUUAAUAGGAAGAACAAAUGUGGUAGAAGUAGGACACCAUUGGUUGGUAAGUAGCGUAUAACCAAAGGGUGUUGAGCUGUCAUCUUAAGGUGUGAGAGUAAAACAAUCUAGUAAUGAACAUGGUGAGUCUCGCUCAUCUUUGACAAUGCAGUGAAUAACAAUGACUGUGUGUCUAAGAGCACAGUGGGACGGGCUGAUAUCCAGCCUUUAUAGCUGUGGCUGCUCAGCUGAAAUUCUGAUUUUGUUGAUCUGUGAAGGCAUAAGGUAAUAGUCAAGAGUUAUAUUUGUGAAACCAUCAAAGCAAAGAGGAGGACUGCUUUAGGAUUGGAUGCCCAUUUGGAUAAAUCUGCCAGCUGAGAUCAGUUGAGCCUCCAGUGAGCCUUGAGUAAUUACUGCUGUCUGAUAAUGGCAAGCGGGCGGUGUGAUGAACAUUUUAACUUUCACAAACCCACUAAUCCCAGUUCAAGGUUGCAUGGGAUAGAGCCUGUCCUAACAGCAUUGUGCAGAAGGCAGGCAACAACACUGACUCACCUCAACAACCCCAAUACAAACAAAAUGCUAUAUAGGUAAAAUUAUAAUAAAGUGUAAAAUAGCAGUAACCAUUUACCACUUUGCCCAGGGCAUCAAAAAUGCUCGAUCUGUCCCAGCAGAAAACUCUGGACGAAUGGCACCCAUCCACCCUCUUUUCCAAACCCUUCACCACCUCGGAGCCCAUUCUGCAAGAAUCCUUUGUGAACUGAGCAUACGUGCAGUUACAUGUGAAGACCGCUAGUUGGCAGCAAAAAAGCCAGAAGUUCUUCAGCCUACUGAGCCUGAAGUAAGAACAGGAAGUGGACACGCGCGGAAUCAAAACAUGAGUAGGAAACAUUCAAAUAGAAAGCGUGACAAAUGCAGUAUAGCAGCAAACCUGGAUAAGGCUGGCCUGGUGGUCCCAGGAUGCUGCACUGAGAUGUGCCCAGAGAGUGAACGCUGCGAGCGUCAGCGGCAAAAGAGAUUGCAUCGCUUUGAGAUUCUAGUGGGCACUGAGAAACACAAACUCCCUAUCGCUGACCCUAACCGCACCGUGAAAGAGUAUUCAAGACCUGCAGCAGGGAAGGUCCUCUCCUGUCCUGAUGUGCUACGACCUGCUGAUGUCUUAAUGAAGACAGUCCACUUUCUGAUAGAUGAUAUCGCCUUGUCUGAAAUGGGUGCACCUUGGACAGAGGUAUACGAUUUUGUAUUUGACCGUCUUCGCAGUGUACGGCAGGACAUGACAAUCCAGAGAAUGGGUGGCAAACCAUGUGUGGCUAUCUUGGAGCUCUCGCUGCGCUUUCUCAUAUAUACCUCCUACAAGCUGUGUGAAGAACCAGCCCAACAUUUUGAGCCCAAAAUUAAUGAUACCCAUGUCCAGGAGUGCUUCAACUGGCUUUUAGGAAGUUAUAAGCUUGGCACCCAUCCGAAUGAGCCUGAAUUCCAGUCUCUUGCUCUUCUUUACAAUCUUGGCUCGGCCAAAGCCCUCAGUUAUGCCUUGCAGCUUCCUGAAGGGGUGAGACAUGCUGCUCCAGUUCAGUUGGCAUUUUCCAUAAACCGGGCCUUCCUAGAGAGAAACUUUGUUCGUUUUUUCCGCCUUGUGCGAAAGUUGCCUUAUCUACAAUCGUGUGCCAUUCAUCGCCAUCUUGGCUGUUGCCAGCGAGAACUUCUGCGUCUCUAUAGCCAAGCCUACAGCAGUAAAAACUGCAGGUAUCCCGUGGAGUUACUUACUGAGACUUUUGCUCUAGACAGUACACUGGAAGUUACAGAACUUUGCCAGCGUCACGGCUUGGUUGUGUGUGGUGACUUUGUUGUUUUUUCAAAAAUGUCCUUCAUAGACCAGGGGGAUGUGACCAGUAGGCACACGUACAAACUUGUGGACAGCAAGCUGAGAGAACAGACCAUAGCGGAUGUGCUCCAUGGACUUUCUUGGUGUCUAUGUACUGAUAAAAAGGCAGAGUCAUUAGCUAUAACUGACUCUGGAAAGAGAAAUGAAUCUUACUAACCUGGAAUCACAAAUAUAUAUUUUUAUAUUAUGAAAUAAAAAAUGAUAUUUAUUUAUUAUGA